AUGCCUCCCUCACAUCGCCGUGGACCCUGGGUCCCAGAGGAAGAUCAACUUCUUACUCAACUGGUCCGCGAACAAGGCCCUAACAACUGGGUUCGCAUCUCGCAACACAUGCACUAUCGUUCACCAAAGCAAUGUCGGGAGCGUUUCCACCAAAAUCUUAAGCCUUCCCUGAACAGGGAACCUAUUUCAGCCGAUGAAGGUCUAAUGAUCGAGCGCAUGGUCAACGAAAUGGGGAAACGCUGGGCAGAGAUUGCUCGCCGCCUCGGCAAUCGCAGCGACAAUGCCGUCAAAAACUGGUGGAAUGGCAGCAUGAACCGCAAGAAGCGCGGUCUCUCAACUCCUACCACCUCCCGCACAUACUCCGGCCGCAUCGAGGCCCCCUACACCCGCGCCUCGAUGAUUAGCCCUUCUCGCUCUUCCUCUCGCCCAUCAUGGACAGAUUCCAUCGAAUCUGCCAUUUCUGAACAGUUCUCCCACUCGCGCAGAGAGUCCAUGGCUUCUAUCCGCCAGCUCUCUCCCAUCUACACUCUUCCUUCUAUCAACCGACCGAUCGAAACCCCUCUCACCUCGCCUGUUUUCUCGGACGUCUCCAACGCAACCUCCUGCGAGCCGCCAUCCAUGGUCUCAGACCACAACUCCGUCUGCUCCUCUUCGCCCCGCACGAUUCCCUCUCCGCAGCUCCUGCCUCUGCCAGUCGACCUGCGCUCGCAGUAUGAGAGCCGGAUGCCAAGCGUGCACGUUGUCGAGGACUCACCCAGCUACCCUGCUCGCUCGCUAGAGUCUCUUUCUGAGAUCGCCUCUAAACGCUGGAUGGCCCACCAGCCUACCAUGGCUUCAUGGCACCAGCCAACUGACUUGCCCAAGCCCUGGAUGCCCAGAGCUGAGCCCGCUCGUGAUACCCGUAUGGGUGUGAACAGCCUGCUCAACUAA